AAAUGAGCUAAAAAGGCUCUUUGAGAGUGGAAUGCACAAUAAGGGAUUUCUAUUUCUUUUUCCUUUACUUUUGUUAUAACCAUAUAAUUAUGAAGAGAUUGGGGUUGAAUUAAAAUAUUUAAAAACUUGGGGGAUAGAAUUAAAAAUAAAAACAUUGUAAUAAACCAAUGUUCCAAACCAAACAAAACAAAGCUGCCCGUUCUUUAUCUCCUCUUCUCUUCUUCUGUUCUUCCCGUUCUUCUCUCUAUCUCCUCUCCACUUUUUUCUCUUUAACCAUUUUUUUUAUUGGUUUCUCCUCCAAGAACAUUCUUUCUCUACAAAUUCGAGUUUUUUGAGAUAAAAUGGAAACAAAAAAUCAAAAAGUUUAUAAAAGAAGGCCUAGAAAAAAGGCUAGGUCAACGGAAGAGGAGUCUGCUUCUGCUGGAGAAGCGGAUAGGUUUCCACAAGCUCAGGAAACAGAAGAAUUGACCUCAUCAGCUCGUGGUUCAGUUAGAGAAGAUGAAAGUGUAGAAGAUGAGGAAUCAAUAGAUCAGGAAGAUAAAAGUGAAAGUGGAAAAGAAAGUGUAGAAGAUGAGGAAUCAACGCAUCAGGAAGGACAAAAUGAAAGUGGAGAAGAAAAUGCAGAAGAUGAGAAAUCAACGGAUCAACAAGAAGAAAAUGAAAGUGGAGAAGAAAGGGAAGAAGAAACAAAUCAUGUACUUUUCGAACAAAGAAAAAAAGUAUUACAUGAUGAGAAUGCUGCCCCUUCAAGAUCAAAUGUGAGUGUUUUUUUAAAUUGUCAUUAGUGAAAACAAAUAGUAGGUGUUUUAGCAUCCAUUUACUAUUUUUUAGAAAAUUACCACCAGUUCAAACAACUGAUGGAUGCUUAAACACCUACUAAUUGUUUAUUGUAAACAAACAGUUGUUAUUUAAGCAUCGACUAGUUGUUUAAACUACCACCAGUUCAAACAACAUAUGUUUGUGGCUUUUUUAUACUUUC